UUGGAGAGCGGGAGUCGUUAGCCGCCCAAAAAAAAGGGUUAAAUUGAAAAGUGAGGGAAAAGAAGAAAGUGAAGAAGAAGAGAAGAGAGAGAGAGAGAAUGCAGAUUCGGGUGAAGUGCAGUUGCGGAGAGAGCAACUGCCCAGAAUGGGCGGUGGUGGAAUUGCAAGGGAUGGUGGAGGUUCAGUCCCAAUUUCAAGAUCGCCUCCACAACCUCCACAUCGGCCUCCUCUGCCGCCCUUCCGCCUCCUCCCAGGACCAAACCUACACCUUUACUAUUGGGUAUCACGAAUUGACAGGGACCAAACAGCCCUUGAAGAAGCCACUCUUGGUCUUAAGGAAACUCAAGCCCUCCCGAGACGCAGGGGUAGAAUUGGAAGUCAUUGGAAUUAUUCGCCACCGGAUUCUGUUCAAGGCCAGACCUAUGGCCCUCAUUUCCAAACCACAACCAGCAGUGAAGAAGAAUAAGGGCAGCGAGCAAAUAGCAGCUCAGCUCAACGCCGUGCCUUGAAAAACUGAAGCAGCUUCUUCAAAUGUAUUCCUUGCAAAGGAUGUCAAGGAAGGGAAACAAAUGUAUUCAAAUGAUCCAAUGUCCCUAUUAUUUAUGUGUUAUUAUUAUCAUUAUUCAAGUCCCUGAAUCUUGCUUCUGAUUCUUGUCGAGUACGAGACAAUUGCAAUGAGGGUCAUGUUGAUGCAUAAAAUUCCUAGGCUGCAACUGUUUUCGUAUGGAGGAAACAGCAAUUUAAAAUACAAGAUUCACAUAA